AGAGAGAAGAAGGAGAUCGAUGUCGGACGAGGAGCACCACUUGGAAUCGAAGGCCGACGCCGGCGCAUCGAAGACCUACCCUCAGCAAGCUGGCACUAUUCGAAAGAACGACUACCUCGUUAUCAAGGAGAGGCCCUGCAAGGCUGUUGAGGUUUCAACUUCCAAAACAGGCAAGCACAGUCAUGCGAAGUGUCACUUUGUGGUAAUUGAUAUCUUCAAUUCGAAAAAGCUUGAAGAUAUUGUGCCUUCCUCCCACAACUGUGAUGUUCCUCAUGUCAACCGCACUGAUUAUCAACUCAUAGACGUAUCUGAAGAUGGUUUCGUGAGUCUUUUGACUAAAAAUGGAAACACCAAAGAUGACUUGAGGCUUCCAACUGAUGACAAUCUCCUUACCCAAAUAUGUGAUGGGUUUGCUGAUGGGAAGGAUCUGGUUGUGACUGUGAUGACUACUAUGGGAGAGGAACAAAUUUGUGCUCUAAAGGACAUUGGCCGCAAAAACUAA